AUGUGGGUGAGUUGCAGUUUGAGAUCUGGGUUGCUGUUUGUCACUCUGUCUCUUGCCAUUGCUAAGCACAAGCAAUCAUCCUUUGCUGAAAGUUGUUACCCAGUGGGAACCCUGUCCCAAGCUGUUGAUACUCUCUAUGUCAAGGCAGCAAGCCUCAGAGCAACGAUUCCAGAAGAUCGCAUAAAAAAUAUACGGUUAUUAAAAAAGAAAACAAAAAAGCUAUUUAUGAAAAACUGCAGAUUCCAGGAACAACUUCUGUCCUUCUUCAUGGAAGAUGUUUUUGGUCAACUCCAAUUACAAGUUUGCAAGGAAAUGCACUUUGUGGAAGACUUUCAUAGCCUUAGGCAGAAAUUGAGCCGCUGUAUUUCCUGUGUUUCAUCAGCUAGAGAGAUGAAACCCAUUACCCGGAUGAAAAGAACAUUUUAUGAGAUGGGAAAGAAAGGAAUCUACAAAGCCAUCAGUGAACUGGAUAUUCUUCUUUCCUGGAUUAAACAAUUCUUGGAAAGUAUUAAGUAA